CCGCCAGGGCGGAAGUAGCUCGCCGCGUGUGGGCGGGGCUCGGAAACAUGUCGGCGGCGUUAGUGCGGCGCGGUUUGGAGCUUCUGGAAGCGUCCGAGGCUCCCCGUGCGGUCCCCGGCCAGGUCCAGGCUAGCGGGACUCCGGCGAAGCGGACCCGGAGGGCGCGGGCCAAGGCCUCCCAGGCCCUGAAACUGCGGAACUCAGCGAAGGGAAAGGCGCCUAAGUCCGCUCUAGCUGAGUACCAGAAACGGCAGUGUCGAGACCACCUCAAAGCAAACCUGAAGUUUAUGACCAGCAUGAGAAGCACUGUGCCAGAGUCUGUGACCCAGCAGAUCCUGCAGCAGAACCAAGGCCGAAAAGCCUGUGAUCGGCUAGUGGCCAAGACGAAGAACAACAAGAAGAAGAAGGCUGAGGGCACUGUGUUCACUGAAGAAGACUUCCAGAAGUUCCAGAGGGAAUAUUUUGGCAGCUAGACUUCCUGGAGGAAUGGUGGGGACAAAAGGCACUAACCCUCCUUUGCCGGACUUCUGCUGUCCUGUGUCCCUGCAGUGAUGUGCCACGGGUGACCAGCAGGUGGCAGUGCAAAACUAGCCUGGCUCAGGAAGCCAUAUGCUGCUAUCCCAGGGACACUGGAACAGAGCUGCAAGCCCUGCAGCAAAUUUUCCCUCAAACUGAAGUGGACUUCUGGUUUGGCGGAGCCAUCAGCACCCUGCCAGAAAAGAUUCUGACCUGUCAGCUAUGACCAGGAUGGUGUCCCAGGGCUAUUUGGUACUGGGCCCACUCAGACCCCACCUCAAGGAGCUGGAAGUUCAAAUAAAUGUGAAUUUGGGUAAAUGUG